UUCCUUUUUUGUUUUUCUUUUUUCUUUUCCCUCUCUAUUUUUUUUUUUUUUUCCUUUUUUUUCUGUUGGCCUUUCACCGUUCGAUUGUGUUAACCUUUGCCAUUCUCUCUCCAAACAAGCCCUAGGACUGACAUUCUUAUCCGAUCGUUUCAAUUGAUCAAGCUAUCGGUUUAAUUCAUUGAAAAAUGCAGAAUCAGAGGAUGAAGCAGCAGCAGCACCAGGCGUUGAUGCAACAAGCUCUGCUUCAGCAGCAAUCGCUUUAUCAUCACCCCGGGAUAUUAGCUGCUCCGCAGAUUGAGGCAAUUCCAAGUGGAAAUAUCCCUCCUGGGUUUGAUCCAACUACAUGCCGCAUUGUGUAUGUUGGGAACAUUCACACACAGGUCACUGAAGCACUUCUGCAAGAAGUUUUUGCUAGUACUGGACCUGUGGAGGCCUGUAAGCUCAUUAGAAAAGAAAAGUCCUCCUAUGGCUUUAUUCAUUAUUUUGACCGCAGAUCAGCUGCACUUGCUAUAUUAACGCUCAAUGGAAGGCAUCUGUUUGGUCAGCCCAUCAAAGUUAACUGGGCAUAUGCAAGUGGGCAGAGAGAGGAUACAUCAAGCCACUUCAACAUUUUUGUUGGUGAUCUGAGCCCGGAGGUUACUGAUAACAUGUUGUAUGCUUGCUUUUCUGUUUUCCCUAGUUGUUCUGAUGCAAGGGUUAUGUGGGAUCAGAAAACUGGGCGUUCCAGGGGUUUUGGAUUCGUCUCUUUCCGGAAUCAGCAGGAUGCACAAAGUGCAAUAAAUGAUUUGACUGGAAAAUGGCUUGGCAGUAGACAGAUACGUUGCAACUGGGCCACAAAAGGUGCUGGAACCAGUGAUGACAAGCAGAGUUCAGAUUCUAAAAGCGUUGUAGAACUUACAAAUAGCUCUUCAGAAGAUGUUAAAGAGGCAGCAAGUAGUGAUGCUCCUGAAAAUAACCCUCAGUAUACCACUGUGUAUGUUGGCAACCUUGCUCCAGAGGUGACCCAGGUUGAUCUCCAUCGCCACUUCCAUGCACUGGGUGCUGGAUCAAUUGAGGAAGUUAGGAUCCAGCGAGAUAAGGGAUUUGGUUUUGUUCGAUACAGCACCCAUCAAGAGGCAGCUAUGGCUAUUUCGUUGGGAAAUGCUCAGUCAUUCCUCUGCGGAAAACAAAUUAAGUGCUCGUGGGGAAGCAAGCCAACUCCACCCGGAACAGCCUCAAACCCCCUUCCUCCACCUGCUCCUGCCACCUUGCCAGGAAUCUCUGCAGUUGACAUUUUAGCAUACGAGCGACAACUGGCGAUGAGUAAGACGGCCGGGGUUCAUCCUCUCAUGCAUCCACAGGGACAGCAUGCUCUGAAGGGAAUGCCUCCUACUGCUAGCCAAGCAAUAUACGAUGGCGGUUUCCAGCAGCAGCUUAUGUACUACCAGUAGUGAAGGUUUAUUCACAAUUGGUGGUCAGCCAGGCAAGCCUUCCCUUGAAGGUCUGGUCGAGUUUCUUCACUUAAGUUUUUUUUCUUUAGGGAUGGUUUCCCUACUACCUGUAUGCUUUUUCAGUAUGUAAGUACGUACUUGUAUGCCAUAUGCCGUGUACCAAAGUCAUGUCGAUCUUUUACUUACUGCACAGACAGAGAGAGUUAUGAGUGGCUUGUUUGAGUUAUUAAUACAUAUCAUAUUCAGCACUGUCUGUUGAGAUCUCAUGCUUUUAUUAAUGGAUUAUUGUUUGUAGUCA